UGACUGAUCUUCAGUAAUCUCAUCAAUGCCAAACGUCUGCAGGAGGCCGACAGCGUUUGUGUGCUAGGAAAGACGCUUUGCACCUCUCAGGCCGAGGCGAGUCAUGGAGAUCUAGAAUAACGUUUGAUUGAUUUGACAACAGCUGGACCUCCUUUACAAGGAAGAUGUUGGGUUUGAGUCGAGUUCUGUGGAUAUGGGCCGUGUUUGGAUUUAUGGUGGUGGACGUGGCUUUCGGUGCCAGAAGAACAUCCAGUAGAAAGUCUGAGCGGUUGAGCCCACCAUUGGACAUCCAGCUGCAGACGAUGAACUGUACAGCAAUCAGAGUCCAGUGGAAGAUGCCUCGGAGACACGUCAGCACCAUCACCGGCUACAGGGUGUUCUACACAGAGACGAGGAUGGGCCGCCCCAUUAGCUCGACUGUGACUCUGGAUGUUCCUCUGAGUCUGGACAUGCUCACUACUGGGCAGUUUGAUGGACAAGCAAGUUUCGAUGUGGUGAUCGGGAAGCUGAAGGUAGCGACACAUUACCGGGUGAGUGUUGGGGCAUAUGGCUGGGCUGGGGAUGGCCGUCCCAGCAUGCCGAGGGACGUCAGCACUGCUUCUCAUGAAAUGUGUAUGCCCCCGUCACCCCCGUCCCAGCCCAUUGUGGCUGCUGUGUCGGAUACAGAGCUGGCGUUGUCAUGGCAACAGGGAGAAAGUGAGGGCAGUGCUCCUGUGCUGCACUUCCUGGUGGCCUAUAUCAGGCCAGAGAUGGACACUGAGUGGACAUAUAUUCGUGAGCCGGUGGAGUCCAGCUCGAUGGUUCUGAAAGGCCUGAUUCCUGAAACGGAGUACCAGUUCGUCAUCAGAGCUGUAAACACACAUGGGGUCAGCCCACCGAGUCCUAUAAACCCACCCGUCCGCACACUCGGUUGGUGGGGCAUCACUCAAUCAUCUUCACUGUUGUGAUCUCAACUGUUCAAAAAACACAAGAAUGACUUCUCACUCCUCUUUUAUCUCUAUCUCUCAGGUGCAGCUGAUGUGGGCAGUGGAGAUUAUGAUCUUUACAUCACAAACUCUAAAGCUAAAGAUGAGGAUGGCUUUGAUGUUGAUGACUCUGACUAUGACAUCUUCAUAGAGGAGCUGAAGCCGUUUCCUGCCGUCAAGACCAGCAACCGGCGCUCUCAGCUCAGAUCCCGCACUGGAACACCUGGGAAUGGAAACGUCAUCUACAGAAUGAAAACACUACCUGUGCCUAAAAACACACCUGUCCCCAAAAGCACACCUGCACCCAAAAUUAGCAACUUCACCUCACCUAUUAGUGUCUGGACAUUAACCACCACAUCUGGACCCUCUGCCCCCGCCCCCUCCACUACAGCACCUCCCACCCCCAGCCCCUCAAUGACAGUGUGGAAGGGGGCGGAGCCUCGGGUGUAUGAUGUCCCGUGUGAUGAGACAGUCUGCCCCCCCGACAGUUUCUGCAUUAAUGACUAUGACAGCGGCGGCUCACGCUGCCAUUGCAACCUUGGCUACCAGGGGGAGCUCUGCACGCAAGGUGUGAGCAUCCAGUUCCCAAAGUUUUACGGAUAUUCUCACAUGACCUUUGAGCCCCUGAAGAACUCAUACCAGAGCUUCCAGAUCACUCUGGAGUUUAAGGCGGACUCUGAGGACGGCCUGUUGCUGUACUGCGGGGAGAAUGAUCACGGCCGGGGGGAUUUCACCUCUCUCGCCCUCAUACGUGGAAAACUGCAUUACAGGUUUAACUGUGGAACAGGGGCAGCACAGAUCAUAAGUGAAAGCUCAAUUGUGAUUGGCCAGUGGCACACAGCCACUUUAUUCAGAGACGGCCUGAAUGGCUGGCUACGGCUGGACAAUGAUACACCUGUAUCAGGACGCUCACAGGGUCAGUACAGUAAGAUAACGUUCCGGACUCCUCUGUUUGUGGGCGGAGCUCCCAGUGCUUACUGGCUUGUGAGAGCCGUGGGGACCAAUCGUGGCUUUCAGGGGUGUGUCCAGAGCCUGUCAAUCAACAGCAAGCCCACUGAUCUCCGACCCUGGCCCCGGGGGAACGCCCUCAGCGGGGCGGACAUUGGUGAGUGCAGUAACAGUGUGUGUGAGGAGGUCACCUGUGCAAACGGUGGAGUGUGUUUCCCCACAAGAGCAGACAGCUACAUCUGUCUCUGUCCACUCGGAUACAAAGGAGUCCACUGUGAAGAGAGCUUCCUGCUGGCUCUUCCUCAGUUCAAUGAGAGUCUGCAGUCGUACGCUAGCGCCCCCUGGCCUCAGUCCUCUCAAACCUACCUGUCCUUCAUGGAGUUUGAGAUCAUCUUCCAGCCGACCAAUCCGGACGGGACGCUGCUCUACAGCGAUGAUACAGCCAGUCAGGACUUCCUGUCCAUCAACCUGGUGGGGGGAUACGUGGAGUUCCGCUUCGACUGCGGCUCCGGACCCGCCAUCAUCAGGAGUGAGGAGCCGGUCAGUAUGAAUGAGUGGCAUGAGCUCCGUGUGUCCCGCACGGCUAAAAAUGGAAUCCUGCAGGUGGACGAGCAGCGGCCAGUAGAGGGCAGUGCUGAGGGUGCCUUCACUCAGAUUAAGUGCAGUUCUCCGCUCCACAUCGGCGGAGUUCCUGAUUACGACGCGACCAAGAGCAGCGCUGGAGUCCUCAGAGCUUUCAGUGGAGCCAUUCAGAAGAUAACACUGAAUGAUCGUGCGGUUGCCGUGGCAACGGGGCAGGCAGGAGGGGUAAAUGUCCUGAAUGCUCUACACCCCUGUGUGGAGAACCCCUGCGCUAACGGAGGAACCUGCAGGCCCAAACGGGACGGGUACGACUGCGACUGCGCGCUGGGCUACGAUGGAAAACACUGCCAGAAAGAGUGCGGAAAUUAUUGCCUAAACACUGUGACCGAGGCUAUUGAAAUCCCUCAGUUUACCGGGCGCAGCUAUCUGACCUAUGACAGUCGAGAUAUUCUCAAAAGGGUUUCCGGCUCCAGGACGAAUGUGUUCAUGCGCUUUAAGAGCACGUCUGCAGACGGGCUGCUGAUGUGGAGAGGAUCCAGCCCAAUGAGAGCUAACAGUGACUUCCUGUCUCUGGGACUGCAGGACGGGGCGCUAAUGUUCAGUUAUAAUCUGGGCAGCGGUGCUGCGGUUAUUGUGGUAAACGGAACCUUCAGUGAUGGGAAGUGGCACCGAGUGAAAGCUGUCAGGGAUGGGCAGUUUGGUAAACUGACUGUGGAUGAUUACGGGGCUAAAACAGGCAGAUCGCCAGGCAAGAUGAGGCAGCUCAACAUUAACGGAGAUCUUUACGUUGGUGGGAUGAAGGAGAUCGCCCUGCACACCAGCAGGCAGUACCUGGCAGGGUUAGUAGGCUGUGUUUCACACUUCACUCUGUCUACCGACUACCACGUUUCUCUGGUGGAGGACGCUGCCGACGGCAAGAACAUCAACACCUGCACCAACUGA